AUGUCGUUUCCUACACUAAACGACCUUAUUCUCGCAUAUCAGAAUGAAAAAUCCACAAAGAGAUUACUUCCAUAUGCUCUACACCUAAUAGACUACUUCCUUGACAUCAUCUCAGAGAGGACUGAGCAUGUGAAGGCACUAAACAAGUCAAUAGUGAAGAAUAUAUAUGAGUUAGAAAUUGAGAGAGUAAAAUUUUUUGUUAAGGAGUACAUCCAAACCAGAUUGAAAAAAAUGAGCAUGAACUUGUAUGUGGACCUGUCUCUUUUAUCUGGAGGAGAGCUCGCUCUUUACGAAAAAUAUAUUGACCUACUGAAAAAGAGGGAUGUGUAUGUUACAAAACAAAAGUUCCACAAAGUCCAUGAGUUUGUUGGGUUUUAUUGCUGCACUGAUAUCAGCGGGGCUGUUAUUGAUGGAGAGCUGUUGGAGAUGUUCAAGGGAGAUUUCUUUGUUGCUCCAUUGGAUGAUGUAAUGGAUUUUCUAAAAAGGAAUGAGAUAAUUCUAUUCUGA